UGAUGUCCCCUCAUUGCCGGGCGGGUGGCGCGCGCGCGCGCAGUGACGCGUGCACGCGAGAUUACGAACGACGCCGUUUACGCCGAAACGGCGAGCAAUUGCGUGGCCAGCUGUGUGGCUCUCUCUCCAGAAUCCGGGGCCCGUUCCUCGCGGACGGUCCCAACUCGCCUCGGAUACCUGCCACCAGGUGUCUCCACGAGCAGUGCCCAGCAGCGAGAGGCAGGAGCAGUCGUCGAGGCGCCUUCGCACCGCCAGCAUCGCGCGCGUCUCCUCUCUUUCCCGUCACCACGUUCGUCCACCCUGCCGCGAGCAUCCCUCCACGAUAGCUCGCGAAAUCGAUCCGCGAAAUCGCCGAGCAUGAGGGCCCUGAUCAACCAGCGGGCCCCUUCGAUCGACCAGUGACAAUCAACCGAAAAUCUCCUCGACAACCAGAAAACCAACCGACGGAUCACCGGACCUCGCCAAUGCUGCCGGCAACAAAUCGGCAGCCCCUCAGCCUGACCGAAUCUAGCGACGGGGGAGGAUGCAACAGCAGCAACAACAGCAACAACAACAACAGAACCAGGAGCAGGACCGGGGAAUCGUAAUGGUCCCGUCCUCCUCUUCUUCCUCCUCCUCCUCCUCCUCCUCUUCCUCCUCUGCCUCCUCCUCCUCUUCCUCCUCCUCCUCCUCCUCCUCCUCCACGUCCGCCGAGCUCAGAGACGUCGCGAGUGUGACAGAGGCUGGACUGCCCAAUUUCACGUUGCAGAGCGUCGCUCUUGGACUCCAAGGCGCCCUUCUUGCCGCCCUUCAGAGAGUCGCUCUGCUACCACCUGGACAUGCCGCUGCCGCCGCCUUGAAUCUCCAAGCGUUGGAGACUUACUUGACCCUUCAUCGCCUCCACGCGAGUAGCACGGCGUCGAGUGUCGGCCAGUCGUCUGGUUCCAGUACGGGAUUGGGCAAUCAAAGGUGUUCGCCGGUCAACACAGGGUUGGAGACCUCGUUGACUACCACCACACCGAUCAAGAGCGAUCACCUGGGAGCCGCGGAGAGGUUGUUGCAGUCCUCGGGGGACGACGAGGACGAGGCACGGCUGGACUUUAUCGGGGAUCCUGACGAAGAUCUGGCCCUGUUGGAGGAGCAGGAGGCGUUGCUGAGAGACACAUCCGUGGCUGCGUCCUCGUCAACCGAUCACGAGGCCCUGUUGCGACGGAUAUCAUCGGAUGGGAAUCGCGCCGGCUCGAGUUCCGUGACACACACAGCAGCCUCCACGUCCCUGUCCCAGAUCGCAGCUUCCUCCUUCACGUCCCCGCAAUCGUCGUCCGCUUGCUCCUCGUCCUCCUCGUCCUCGUUGUCCUCGUCCUCGUUGUCCUCCUCGUCGCCGUUGCAGGCCACCUCCACCUCCGCCGAGUCGGGGAUACCGAGGACGUGCAGGGCGUCCAGGCCCAAAAAGCAGUUCAUCUGCAAGUUCUGUAGCCGCCAGUUCACCAAGAGCUAUAAUUUGCUGAUACACGAGAGAACGCACACCGACGAGCGGCCGUACUCGUGCGACAUUUGCGGAAAAGCCUUCCGACGGCAGGAUCACUUGAGGGACCACAGGUACAUCCACAGCAAGGAAAAACCGUUCAAAUGCGCCGAGUGUGGAAAAGGAUUCUGUCAGAGCAGGACACUGGCCGUGCACAAGAUCCUGCACAUGGAGGAAUCGCCCCAUAAAUGUCCCGUGUGCGCAAGGAGUUUCAACCAGAGAAGCAACCUGAAGACCCAUCUUCUCACGCACACGGACAUCAAACCUUACCACUGCGCCUCCUGCGGCAAGGUGUUCCGCAGGAAUUGCGACCUGAGGAGGCACUCAUUGACUCACAAUUUGGGUGUAUCGACGUCCCCUCCACCACCAGGGAUACCUGUGCCUGGUACAGGGGCUGUAGUGCUGCAAGAGACGUCCUAGUGGGCGCGUGGAUCGACUGUGAGAUUGUCUCGGCACCGUGCUAGGGACAUUUUAUUCUACCGAGCCCUUCUUUUCGCUUCGUUCGAUUUCGAGACGGAUUAUUAAAGGAAUUUCGAAGGGUUUUCAUAUUGAAAUCGGCGAAGGGAGGGCAAAGGAAUAGGUAAUUGGUUUCGAUAGACUGAUAGUGGAAAGUCUAAUAUUGUACUAGGGACAUUUUAUUUUUUUUUGCACCGAGACCAAGUUCGAUUCUUGCUAUCCAUUUUGAGGGAUAAAUUGGAGAAUUUUUGAGAAAUUUUCGGGAUAGGAUAUCGAGAAGAUCGGCGAAAAGAGGUUUAUAAUUGGUUUCAUAAAUUAUCGUGAAAAAUUUUUGAUAUUCUUCUAGGGAUAUUUAUUUUUUUCACACUUUUAAUUUUGAAAUGUAUUGAGAAAUCUUGAAGGAAUGUUUCAUGAAUGAGACAUUCAAAGUUACGAAAAGAAGAACAAAGAAAAUGGAUUGACAUUGUGAAAAAUCUUGACAUUAUACUUUACAUUUAUCUUUGUAUCGAAUAAAUUUUUUAGAAAUUUUGAUAAAAUUGUACUGAAAAAGUUUUCAUUCGUUCAAUUUCGAAGAAUAUUCAAACAAAUUCAACGGAUUUUAAAAUCUACGUUUAUAUGGUAUCGGUGAUCGUUUGAAUUUGUAAAAUGUAGAUGAAACGUUGAAGAUUCGUAAGAGUUAAGUGGACUUUGGGUCCUUGAUAUUUAGCGUGUAUUUAGCUGCGUAUGUAUUUCGUAGUUGUUAAUGCGUAGAUAUAUAAUUAAAAUUAUAACUGCAUAUAAAGAUGUUAUUCAUGGAUUCAUGUUCGUUAGAUCUGUAAUUAUGUUACGUAUUACAUGUAUAGGUAGCCGGAGUUAGGACUUAUCUUUCACACUGUGUACCUAUGUGCCCAUGUUGUGUUUCGUUUGUACGUGUAAAAUAAACUUUUAUUAUAUUAUUUUUUAAA